GGUCUGUCACGUGACCGUGCCCCUUUGGUGCGGAGACUCCAGGUCGGGCGAGUAGUCGGUGCGAUGGGGAGCGAGUUACACGAUAGUGCGUUGGAGGAGCAGUUACUCCCGAGAGAUAUACCGCCACAUCAGGAAUCAUCACGAGCUUCUUUCGCAUCCUCUGUGUUUAACGUAACGCAUGCAAUCAUGGGAAGUGGCAUCCUUGGUUUGGCUUUUGUAAUGGCUAAUACAGGUAUUAUUGGUUUUAGUGUUCUCUUGCUGAUAGUUGCUUUAUUGGCUGCAUAUUCGAUUCAUCUGCUACUGGAGUUAUGUCAACAGACUGCACUGACAUCCUAUGAAGACCUUGGGUUUUGUGCCUUCAAGACAACUGGAAAGGUAAUAAGUGAUGUACUUUUGUCGUGCUGCAUCCAGGCUUAA